AUGCCACCAAAGAAGAACGCGAAGCCCACCAAGCCGGCGCCCAAGAAGGGCAAGAUGGAGAACAUGAACAAGGGCGCCAAGAAAGCCGCAAAGAAGUGGUCGAAGGGUCGCACACGUGAGGCUCUGCAGAACGCCGUUGUGUUCGACAAGGAGACGAUGGACAAACUUCUCAGCGAGGUGCCCAAGUACAAAGUGAUCACGCCAUCUAUCAUCAGCGAUCGCCUGAAGAUCUCCGUCGCCCUCGCCGCCAAGGGCCUGCAGCACCUCUGCAGACAGAAGCUGAUCAAGCUUGUCUCCUGCAGCAGCAAGUUCCGCCUGUACAGCCGAGUCUAA